AUGUCUGCUAUCCCUCCUGCUGGCACCCCUGUAGGGCUCGAGAUCCCCGCCAAGGACGUGGCUCGCGGAUCUGCAUUCUACAAGGAGGUCUUCAACUGGACUUUUGCUCCCUCCACUCUGGGUUUUCCCGCGCACAAGCUUCAAACCUUCGAAGUCCCCGGCGGCGUUUUCCCCAUCGGAGGCGCCAUGCGUCUGGCGGAAGAAAUCCCGGCCGGUACGGGCGCCACCAAGCUCUACCUCUACGUGAACGACAUCGGUGCUGCGAUGGAGGCCAUUGAAAAGCACGGCGGCAAGAAGGCGAGCGAUGUUAUCCCCGAAGGCAACAAGGGGCUGUUCCAGUAUUUCGAGGACAGCGAGGGCAACAACUAUGCAAUCUACACUUACAAGUGA